AGCAGCAGCCAUGAGCACCAGGGGACUCUCACAAAUAAAAAUACUGCACACUGGGAAUCGCAUGUAUCAGUCUCUGCCAUCUUCUAUCAAACCUGAUGAGCGACAUGCUCAGGCUCCAGAAGCGCUUGGCGUCCAGCGUGUUGCGCUGUGGCAAGAAGAAGGUGUGGCUGGACCCAAACGAGACCAAUGAGAUUGCCAACGCAAAUUCUCGCCAGCAGAUCCGAAAACUGGUGAAGGAUGGACUGAUCAUCAGAAAGCCUGUGACGGUUCAUUCCCGUGCUCGCUGCCGCAAGAACACAUUGGCACGCCGCAAGGGACGUCACAUGGGUUACGGUAAGAGAAAGGGUACAGCCAAUGCUCGUAUGCCAGAGAAGUUGUCAUGGAUGCGGCGCAUGAGAAUCCUGCGUCGACUUCUUCGUCGCUACAGGGAGUCCAAGAAAAUUGACAGGCACAUGUACCACAGUCUCUAUCUGAGGGCCAAGGGAAACGUCUUCAAAAACAAACGCAUACUGAUGGAGCACAUCCACAAGCUGAAGGCAGAUAAGGCUCGCAAGAAGCUUCUAUCUGACCAGGCUGAGGCUCGCCGCUCCAAGACAAAGGAGGCCCGCAAACGCAGAGAAGAGCGUCUCUUGGCUAAGAAAGAAGAGAUGAUCAAGACAUUGUCAAAGGAGGAGGAAGCUACAAAGAAGUGAAUCUAAAUGGAAAGUUUUUCUUGUAAGAUUCCCAUUUUUCUUGCUAAUAAAUUUGGAUAAAGGAGUCA